AUAGAAGAAGAUCUUAACAGCUGGACUCUGCCCUCUUGGCUUUCCCCUGCCUCUAUAAGAAAAUCCAACGAAAUUUCAUAACCAGAGACGCGUCUCUCUUUUUCUUUGCACCCUUUAUUACCUCCCUCUCUUUGUCCUUCCUCCUUCGUCGUCCUUACCCACCACCAAAGUUUUGUUCGUUUGUUUCUCUCCCGGUUUCGCGAAAUUGGGGUUCCGUUUUGAUUCCUCAGAGAACAGAGAAAUGGCGGAAGGGGUGAUUGAGCACAGAUCCUAUGCGCGGGUCGGCCUAUUGGGUAAUCCGAGUGACGUCUAUUUCGGGAGGACCAUCUCUUUCAGCCUUUCCAAUUUCUGGGCCACCGUCGUUCUUCGGCCUUCCGACGAACUCGUCAUCACUCCCCACCCCAAGCAUGAUCUCGUCAAUUUCUCCUCCCUUGAUCACCUGGUGAAUCGGCUGCAGAGUGAAGGUUAUUAUGGAGGAGUCAGGUUGCUAAUGGCGAUCUGUAAAGUUUUCUACAAUUACUGCAGGGAGCAUAAGAUCUCCCUUCAUCAGCGCAAGUUUGCUCUUUCUUAUGACACCAACAUUCCUCGGCAGGCAGGACUAUCUGGAUCAAGUGCUAUAGUAUCUGCAGCACUGAACUGCCUGCUGGACUUCUACAAAGUCAGGGACCAGAUCAAGGUUGAAAUCAGGCCGAAUCUCGUGUUAAGCGCUGAGAAAGAGCUGGGGAUCGUUGCUGGCCUUCAAGAUCGAGUGGCCCAGAUCUAUGGCGGCCUCGUUUACAUGGAAUUUUCACAGGAGCACAUGGAUAAGUUGGGACAUGGGAUCUAUACCCCCAUGGAUAUUAACCUCCUCCCACCUCUUCACCUUGUAUAUGCCGAGAACCCGAGUGAUUCUGGGAAGGUGCAUAGCACGGUUAAGCAAAGGUGGCUUGAUGGAGACAAGUUCAUAAUAACAACAAUGGCCGAAGUUGCAGAUCUUGCAUUGCAUGGAAAAACUGCUAUCCUGGAGAAGAACUACUCGAAACUUGCAGAGCUCAUGAAUCGUAACUUCGAUCUUCGAAGGAGCAUGUUUGGCGAUGAUGUGAUUGGUGCUUUAAACAUAAAAAUGGUGGAAGCAGCGCGGAAGGUGGGAGCCGCCUCCAAAUUUACAGGCAGCGGAGGUGCUGUGAUUGUGUUUUGCCCAAACGGCCAAUCGCAGGUUAAGCUCCUGGAGGAAGAAUGUCAAAAAGCUGGAUUCAUAGUUGAGCCUGUGAAAAUUGCUCAGUCCAAUCUUUCACGAGGGUGAUCGCAAGAUUGCUUCAUGAAUUAGCAGAAAUCUCAGAGCAGCAGCUAAAGGAAGCUUUGUAGUUAGUUCUCUCUGGAUAUGAUAAUCCAUCUGUUUGUUCCAAAUUAUAGCUUUAUCAUUCGAGAUUAAGUAGAAAAGUUGUUGCUGUGGAUGCACACAUGAUAUGCAAUUGCAAGCCCCACUAGCACCAAAAUUCUUUUGUCAAGACAUUAAGAAAGAAGAGAGCCUCCUUUUUCUGCCAAUUGCCCCAUUGUAAAGCAGACUACUUCUUUUAUAAAUAAAGCACACUACACUUU